AUGAACAUAAUAAAAAUGUAUAUUAUACUAAAAGUAAAUGGUAUGGAAGUGGAGUUUGUCCUAAUGAACUAGUUUUUAAAAGAAUGAGGUACGAAUAUGACGAUGUAACGGUUGACGCAACCAAUGUGAAAGGAGUUUACUCUGAUUUCAAACAUACCUUUAAGUUGACAGUUUCAAAAAAUGUAAUGACUGUGAAUUGUGUGAAAGGAAUUGUUGAUGCUCUAG